AGUCACUCGCCUUCCUGAAGCCUCAGUUUCCCCAAUUGUGAAAAGAUGACAGCACUCUCUCUCUCAAGUGAAAGAAUUAUGAAAUGAUGCUUCAGUGUGUCUGUAUUUUAAUACCCGUAUCAUUACAUAAUCACUUUGUGAAGCAGCCACCUUGGGACAGAAGUCACUCUGUGCCUGUUUAAGGACGAAUCCCCUUAGCAUUCCCAGGAAUGAGAAAUCCACUAUGUUAGGCUUCCAGCCUCUUCUGUCCUUCCCUUGGCCUUUGACUCCUCAAAGGCUGGAUUUUUCUCCUACCAGGAUCCCAGAUGGUCCUUAGGGGGCCCCCAGGCCAGUUCAUUCCUAAGGUAACCCCUGAGACUAUUGGCCCCUCCCACUUCCCCUCCUCUUCCUCCUGAGUUCUGGCUGUCUCCAUCCCGGAAGCUCAGGAAGAGCUCUGGGGGACAACAUUUAACCUGUGUUUCCAGCUCUGCUCUGACCCCUAGAGCUUUGUAGGGGUGGGGGAGGAAGAGACAGAGGAGGGGGUGUCAGGACAACUGGGUUUCUCAUCCCAGCUCUGCUACAAGCCGGCAUCACUGUGGGUAAGUCCAUGCGCCGGAGCUUUGAUUUCCUCACCUGAACAUAAGAACAGUAUAUCCUGUUUACAAUGUGGCAUGAUGUGAAGAAUCAAUGCAGUGAGCACUGUGAACGUUCUUGAUACAGCGCAGUGACUGUCACCAUCCUGGGCAGAACCGACCCAAGACAGCAUGUGGUUCUCCAUCCUUUCUCACCAGUGAGACUUGUCUCCCCAGGGAAAGGAGAAGAGAAAGCCAACCCUAUUGAGCACCUCUGUUCAGGGGUCUCACCAUAAGGCUGGUGGGUUGGAAUUAGCCCCAUUUCACAGAUGAGAAAACUGAGGUUCAAAGACAUCGAAGAUCUCAGAAUGUAGCAGCUUGAAGUGAUGGGAAAGGGCCUCUUCUCUCUUCUCUCUGCUCCCCACCCUUUCAAGGGGUUAUGGUGGAGGGAGGGAAACAGGCUUGGGGCCCCUCAUUCAGACUCAUGGAAGGGACCCAGCCGGGAAGAUAAGCAUUUCUGGUACAUCCCUAGAAACCAGGGAGUAAACAGGAUUCUGCCCAGGCCCAAGGCUUUCCAGAGACACACCUGUAUAAGCAGCAGCCAUUCCCAACAGAGCUCUGUUCUCGGAAAGCACUGGGGCUGGGCUGUCCAGAUUUGUUUAGUUCUCUGUGUGGGGGAGCCUGAGUCCGUGUGCAGGCAAGGCCCUGCCUCCCCACCUCUGCCUCAUCCAUCACUCACUGGGAAGGGGUCUUCUGCCCAGGACCCUCUCCUAACCACAGCCUGUGUUCAAGGUUUUUACCCACCCUGUCCCCAUGGGGAGAGGGGGGAGACAGGGCCCUCCACUGACCAAGUGAGGGACUGACUCAGGAUUACAGAGAGUGUGUGCUUGUAUGUGACCUGAGAGGAAGUGUGAACAGACUGAGCCUACAAUGACCUUGGACCACCCAGGAUGUACAUGUCCUCCUAGCAUGUCAGCAACCUGUCCCCACACUCCUAGGAGGGUGGCCGUGAGUCCUGUAGAUGUGGGGAGAGGGGAGGGCUGUGCUCUGAGUCCUCUGAUCACUUCCAAGGGUGUGUUUGUGUAUCCUGUUAGGCAGGUGUGUGCUAGGGGCAUAGGGUACCACAGCAACCUCAACCAGCCCUGUACAGAUACAUGUUCCUGUAUGUGUCCUGCAAGUGUGAGCCGGUGGACGCUUCUGCCAAGCGUCUGCACACGCUCCUGUGUGCUUGGAGUGAGAUCUGGCACACCCGCGUGUGUCCUGUGAGAGCGAACAGAACCCCACAGGGGGCUGGCACGGGCGGGAAUGUGCCAGUGUGCGUCCUGCGGCUCCCCGCUCGGCUUCUCGGCGGGCCUGCCGGUGUGCACGAGUGGAAGGCGCCCGGUGCCCGCGGGUGUGCGCGCGCCGGUGCCAGCGCGAGUGAGUGCGGCGCCGCUCGCUCCGCUCCGCGCCCGCCCGCGCAGCCCGCACACUCACACUGCUUGGUUGCUGCCGGGUGACGCGGGCUGGGCCCGCCCCCCGCCUGCCGGCCCCCGGCACUCACUAGCCGGCCGCCGCCGAGCAGGCAGCAGCCGCAUCAGGACCGUCCGGGGGAGCCGCCGGCGAUGCCCGCAGCCCUCGCCGCGCCCCGCCGGGCCUGCUGAGCCGCACCCCCUCCACCCCCCACCCCGGGCCGGGGCCGCGCCGGGCCGGGGCCGGGCCGCGCCCGGGUGGGGCCGCGCUGCCUGCAUGACCCUCCGGCGGCGCGGGGAGAAGGCGACCAUCAGCAUCCAGGAGCAUAUGGCCAUCGACGUGUGCCCCGGCCCAAUCCGGCCCAUCAAGCAAAUAUCCGACUACUUCCCCCGCUUCCCGCGGGGCCUGCCCCCGGACGCCGGGCCCCGCGCCGCUGCGCCCCCGGACGCCCCCGCGCGCCCCGCCGCGGCCAGCGCGGGCCGCCGAAGCCCCUCCGACGGCGCCCGCGACGACGACGAGGAUGUCGACCAGCUCUUCGGAGCCUACGGCGCCAGCCCGGGCCCCAGCCCCGGCCCCAGCCCCGCGCGGCCGCCCGCCAAGCCUCCCGAGGACGAGCCCGACGCCGACGGGUACGAGUCCGACGACUGCACUGCCCUGGGUACGCUGGAUUUCAGCCUCCUCUACGACCAGGAGAACAACGCCCUCCACUGCACUAUCAGCAAGGCCAAGGGCCUGAAGCCGAUGGACCACAACGGGCUGGCAGACCCCUACGUCAAGCUGCACCUGCUUCCAGGAGCCAGUAAGGCAAAUAAACUCAGAACGAAGACUCUCCGAAACACUCUGAACCCCACGUGGAAUGAGACCCUCACUUACUACGGGAUCACGGACGAAGACAUGAUUCGAAAGACCCUGCGGAUCUCUGUGUGCGAUGAGGACAAAUUCCGUCACAACGAGUUCAUCGGGGAGACGCGUGUGCCCCUGAAGAAGCUGAAGGCCAACCACACCAAGACGUUCAGCAUCUGCCUGGAGAAGCAGCUACCGGUGGACAAGACCGAAGACAAGUCCCUGGAGGAGCGGGGUCGGAUCCUCAUCUCCCUCAAGUACAGCUCGCAGAAGCAGGGCCUGCUGGUCGGCAUCGUGCGCUGCGCCCACCUGGCUGCCAUGGACGCCAAUGGCUACUCGGACCCCUACGUGAAGACAUACCUGAAACCAGAUGUGGACAAGAAAUCUAAACAUAAGACAGCAGUAAAGAAGAAGACCCUGAACCCUGAAUUCAAUGAGGAAUUCUGUUAUGAGAUUAAGCAUGGGGACCUGGCCAAGAAGACCCUGGAAGUCACUGUUUGGGAUUAUGACAUUGGAAAAUCCAACGAUUUCAUUGGCGGCGUGGUUCUGGGCAUCAACGCUAAGGGUGAGCGCCUGAAGCACUGGUUUGACUGCCUGAAAAACAAGGACAAGCGGAUCGAGCGCUGGCACACGCUCACCAACGAGCUCCCAGGGGCUGUGCUCAGCGACUGACCAGCCCCCCACCUGCUGCCGCACCCACCCCUGCCUAUCUCCUGGCCCAGCACCGGCCUGGCCCUGGGCCUCCUCAGCUGCCACCAAGGGCCUCGGCCCUCAUCUCGGGGGGGAGCUGGGGUGCCUGCUCAGACACUGAGCCACUGCGGCCCCUGCUUGGAGGCUGUGGAGGGCUCAGCCACUCCUAGGGACAGCAAGGCCAGAGAGCUGGGCCUGCUUUUGGCACCCAUCCCAGGGAAGGGAAUGGGGUCGUCCAGGGGGUGAGGGCCUUACUGGAGGUCAGCAGUAAGUCACGGGGACCCCAGGCUGAGAGAACAGGAGUGCAGGGGCGCUUUGGCAGGGCCAGUGAGAACCCUCAAGAGAGACAUUAGGGAGAGGGGCACGGCGGCGGGAGGAGAUUUGGGAAGGCGUUCCCAAAAGGAGGUUCUUACUACAUCUGUUCAUUUCUGGCAUUACUGGGCAGGUGGGAAAAAGCUGACCCAAGAGCAGGGAGUAUGGUAAAGUUCCAACUUUACUGAACAUGGGCAAUUGGCAAGCACUUCACUCAAUGCUGCAACAACCCGUUGGAGAUGAAUGAGACCCAGGGCCUGCCUCUGAGUUCCUUGUCUAAUCAAGGAGCUAAGAACAAACCACUACAAUGGGGAAUGAGGAAUACCAAGGCCAGGCUGACAUACCUUUGAGUGCCAUGGACUCCAACUCUGCUGAGAGGCAGGGAGGGCUUCCUCGAGGAGGUGAUGCUUCAGCAAGGUCUUGAAGGGUGAGUGGAGUUUCUGGGCAGCCGAAGUGUAAGGGCAGUGUGUGCCGUGGGAAUGAUCUGUAAAAGCCUAGAGAGGAGAGGAUGGUGAAUGGGCUAGGGUCAUUGUGCAAGACCUGGGGACUCAUGCUGGAGACAGUGUGUUAGGACAGGAGUGGGGCUUAGAGGUGACAUCACCCACCCCUGCCUGCCAGGCCAGCCCCAGCUCAUAGCUUUGGGGGAACUGAGGGAAGCACUGUGGUGAAACUGAUCUUGGGGCAGGGUUAAGUUCAGUCCUCAGACCCAAUUCUCCCACCUUUAAUCUUUCUCUUCCCAAGGAACCUGGAGGAUGGAUCCUGCCUCUCAGCUUAAGCAUGAGGUCAGCUGUAAUCAAGAAAAGGGUCCCCAGCCCCCCCCCUUUUUUUU